ACAGUUUAACCAAUACCUAUUUUAAACAAUUUUAAUGAAAGAUACAAUAUGUUCCAACUUACAAAGAUAAAUGUAAUGAAACACAACACAAUACAUUUAGACAAACAGAAGACACAUAGCUUACGCCAUUGGGACCCCUUCUUCAGCAACUGAAAACAGACGACCUGUACGCCGAGCAGAUGGAGCGCGAGAUGAGGCACAAGCUCAAGUCGGCCUUCAAGAACUUCAUCGAGAAGGUGGAGACGCUGACGAAAGAGCAGCUGGAGUUCGAGGUGCCGUUCAGAGACCUGGGGUUCCAGGGCGCCCCCUACAGGAGCACCUGCCUGCUACAGCCCACUUCCAGCUCCCUUGUCAAUGUUACUGAAUGGCCGCCGUUUGCUGUGACCCUGGACGAAGUGGAGCUGGUCCACUUUGAGCGUGUGCAGUUCCACCUGAAGAACUUCGACGUGGUCAUCGUCUACAAGGACUACAACAAGAAGGUCACCAUGAUCAACGCCGUGCCCGUCAACUCCCUGGACCCCAUCAAGGAGUGGCUCAACUCGUGUGACAUCAAGUACACGGAGGGAGUCCAGUCGCUGAACUGGACCAAGAUCAUGAAGACCAUCGUGGACGACCCCGAGGGUUUCUUCGAGCAGGGGGGCUGGUCAUUCUUAGACCCAGAGGGCGAAGGAAGUGGUGGAGAGGAAGAUUCAGAAUCUGAGAUGGAGGAUGAAACGUUCAACCCGUCUGCAGAUGAAGAAGAGGCAGAGGAGGAGGACAGUGAUGAGGAUUACAGCUCGGAGACGGAGGACUCGGCGGAGUACAGUGAAUCACUGGGCAGCGAGGAAGAGAGCGGUAAAGACUGGGACGAGCUGGAGGAAGAGGCCAGGAAAGCUGACAAAGAGAGCACCUACGAGGACAGGACAUCAUCUAACAGGAAGAGAAAGAUCUGCCGCCAGCCUGGCCGUCCUCCCGCCUGUCUCCUCCCGUCAUCUCUCCGCCCACGGGGCCUCACCUAG